ACGAACUGUAGAAAACGCGUGUCUGUGAUUACAAAUUUUUCACUGUAUUUUAUAUAUACAUACAUAUACAUCUAUCUAUAUAAAUACAUACAUACAUAUAUACAUAUAUAUAUAUUUCUACCUCUACACCCCUUAGACAAGUACACCGUCAAGAGAAGAGCAAACGAGUCUAGUGGCGUGCGCGUCGUACGUACACUUAUUUAAUUUCUAUAUAUGUAUAUAAAUAUACAGAUAUAUUUAUAUACAUAUAUAUGAAGGGUUUUUGAAGUUGCACGGUGGCAGACAAAGCGGUAAGGGACGAAGUCUGUUAGUGUGGAUGGCAUCGAAGUAAAUAUACCUAUACAUCCAAAAAUAUAUAUAUAUAUAUAUAUUUAUAUGUACAUGUAUAUAUAGUGUAGGUUGUGUGGGAGAGGAGAGGAGACGGCGGCGGUAGCGCGGUGAAGUAAGGUGCGACGACAAAGUGAAGUGACCGAGAGAGGCGUAACUUUGCUACAGUGACGUGUCAGAGACGCGUAUAAAAAAUAAAUAGUAAAUAACACAGUAAUAUAUUAAUAAAUAUAACAAUAUAAAAAUAAUAAAUAAGUGAUUAACAAUAAUAAUUAAAUAGCAUGAUAUAUAUAUAAAUAUAGUAAAUACUUACUUGCAGUAGUGGUUAGUUGGGAGAACGAGACGAGAGCAACGUGCCGGAACGUGAGUACGAGAGUAAAAGAGAGACGGAGCUAAUGAACAAAGACAGAGAUAUUUAGUUUGAGUGAGAGGAGGAGAAAUGUGCAGGGGCUAGAGCGAGAGCAUUUAAUAUAUAACUGAGGGAGAUAGCUCAGCUAGGAAGCGGAAUAGCAAUAGGUUCACUGUCGCCCUCUUCCACGGAUUAAACAUAGAGAGCGUCGCCGGGGAAUAAUCACCAGCAACUAGUCCUCGUUGCCGUUGUCCUAGUCGACGUUGUAUUAAUCAACGUCCUCAUCAACCAUCACUAUUCACCACCAUUAGUUACUUGCAUUAGUUAUAUAUUAUACUAUACAUAUCCAUAUAUAUAGAUAGAUAUUAUUGCUGUCGACAAAUCGUCAUCGUUUCCAUACGAUGACGAUACAGUGUGCUUGUCCAGCGGAGUUUAACCCGCAAACGAAGCCAUGAGGAGUUGUAUAGCUAUUGGAUCAAGUGAGAGAGAGGACAAUUGGUGUAACAACGUACCUGUGUGACGCGUGUGUCUUUUAAUAAUUUGUUUUAUUUCUUAUUUUAACCCGUAUUAAGAAGACUUAACUCGACGAUUGUUGUAUUAAUUAUUGUGGGUAUUAUUUUACAACUUAAGGAUUCUAGUGAUCGGUCCUUCAUCAUAUAAACUUUAUAUAUAUUUAUAUAUAUAUUCAGUGACUAUUUACAUUAUUGUGAUUGACAAGUAAAAACAACGAUGUACGCUAAGGGUAAAGGUUCCGCAGUACCUUCGGACAGUCAGGCCAGAGAAAAAUUGGCAUUGUAUGUUUACGAGUAUUUGCUUCAUGUUGGCGCACAAAAAGCGGCACAAACUUUUCUGUCAGAGAUACGAUGGGAAAAAAAUAUAACACUUGGAGAACCACCGGGAUUUUUACAUUCUUGGUGGUGCGUAUUCUGGGAUUUAUAUUGUGCAGCACCUGAACGACGUGAUUCGUGUGAACACAGUAGUGAGGCCAAAGCUUUCCAUGAUUAUGGAUUUGUAAACAGUGGUUAUGGCGUUAAUGGAAUAGCUCACAAUGCUGGACCAGCACCAUCACCACUUGGACAGAUGCCACCAAAUGAUGGUAUGCCUGGUGGUCAAAUGCCUCCUGGAUUUUUCCCAAACAACUCGACAAUGCGACCAUCUCCGCCCACACACCCCUCAUCACAGCCAUCUCCCCAGCACCCCCAGCCACCCCCGCCCCCACACUCGCAGAUGAUGUCCACUCAGUUUAUGGGACCUAGGUAUCCUGCUGGACCUAGACCUGGAGUACGUAUGCCGCAAAUGGGAAAUGAUUUUAAUGGACCACCAGGACAACCAAUGAUGCCAAAUAGUAUGGAUCCAACUAGACAAGGCGAAGCUGGAGAGUUUGUAGGGUGGCAAGGACCGCCGGGUAUGAAUCCAAUGAAUCCACGAAUGAAUCCACCACGCGGACCAGCAAUGGGCCCAAUGGGCCCUGGUAAUUAUGGACCAGGUAUGCGAGGCCCACCACCGAACAGUAGUUUAGGCCCUGGAGGGCCUGGAGGUCCUGGUAUGCCACCUAUGAGUAUGGCAGGACCUGGUAGACCACAAUGGCAGCCAAAUACAUCAACACCUAUGAAUUAUUCAUCAUCGUCACCUGGUAAUUAUGGCGGGCCACCUGGUUCGACAGGACCACCAGGUCCAGGUACGCCAAUAAUGCCAAGUCCGCAAGACAGUAGCAAUAGUGGCGGUGAAAAUAUGUACACAAUGAUGAAACCAGUACCUGGAGGCAAUAUGCCUGGUGAUUUUCCAAUGAGUGGGGGACCAGAAGGUGGACCUAUGGGUCCCAUGGGACCCAACACAAUGGGUCCAGUAUUGAACGGUGAUGGUCUUGACGGUAUGAAAAAUAGUCCAGCAAAUGGUGGUCCAGGUACACCACGAGAAGACAGUGGCAGUGGAAUGGGUGAUUAUAAUCUAGGCGGUUUUGGUGGACCCGGUGAAAACUAUUUUUAAAUCAAAUCGCCUUGGAUCCAGCUACGAGAUCAAUAGACACCGGGUUUUUCACACAGUGAGAGGAAGGAUUCAGCGCGAAUAAGCUCUACUGAUAAGAAAUAUUUUAAUUUAAAAUUUAAAUUAAAAGAAAAAAGAACUAAAACUAAAACAAUAAAUUAAUAACUGCACAGUAUAAUUUUAAAACAAAAGAACAAAUAAUUAUGAAUAAAAAAAAAGUACGAUAGUCGCGACGAGUUAAGACUAAUGCAUAAUGUACAAUACGUCGUUAUUGUUGCCAAUUUUUAAAAAAAUAACCGUGUUAGUAUUAAGAAACUUAACAACGAUUAUUGAUAGUUAUUUAAUUGCCAUUAUCGCCAUAUAAAACUAUGUACAUGCUUCUCUAAUACUCGCAAGGUUGCUAAUUAUUAUAUUAUUAUUUUUUUUUUUAUUUGUUUGUUCUACUUAUUCAUUAUCUUCUAUUAUUAAUUUACACUUUUAAUUGUAAAAUUACGUAACGUUUGUUAUUACUAUUAUUAUUAAUUACCGCGAACUAUUUUUAUUUAUAUUUAUUUUUAAAUAACGUGUAGAUAUUAAGCGAUGGUGCCUGAUUUACAAAAGGUUGUUUAUCUUUUUAUAUAAUCAUAGUUUAUUGUGAUUUUUUUUACAUUAUCUUUACAUUUUUUUACGUGUUUCUCUAGUAUUAAUUCUUAAAUAAUUAUUAUCGUCACUAUUAACCUUUAUACCGUAGAUUAAAUUUUUAACAACAUAUUUUUUUAUUCAAAUUUUAAAUUCUUAAUAUCAAAGCUAUUUGCGGACAGUGUCCCCUACUUUUUAAAAAUUUUCAAUGACAACUGUCAUAAACGUAUGAAAAUUUUAUCAAUUAGUUAUGCAUCUGAAGAUUGGGAUGUUUUUCACGCAAUGAAAAUGAAAAUAAUUUAUGUAAUUUCACUCUAAAGGUGACUUGAGAGGUAGUUGGGGGUGGCUUCCAAUUUUCGGUUGACGUGUGAAGCAUUUCAAAAAUCUAGAUCCUGUAAAAACAUUCCGAUCUACAGGUACAUAAUUAGUUUUAGAAAAAUUGAAGCAUUAAUUAAAAAAAUGGACUACAUUGCAAUUCUGCUGAGAAAUAUAAUACAAAAAAAUGGCACAUUAAACAUUAACUGGGAGAAACAAAAUUUGUUUAAUAAAUUUAAGGAAAAUUUUCAUGUCAAUUUCGUAAUUCGAAUUUUCAAAUUUUAUCGGCUAGAAUUUAUUCAAUAAAUUUUGUUUAACUCUUAAUUGAUAACUAUAAAUAAUUUUUUUUAAAUUCUAUACCUCGGUGAAAUUGCAACUACGUUGUUCUUUUUUUCAUUAACGUUUUAAUUAUUUUUUUCAAAUUAAAGCCAUUUGCAGACAGUGCCCCCUAGCUCCCAACUCUUUAAAAAUUUUCAAUUAAUUUUAAAAAAUGAAAGCAUUAAUUGAAAAAAGGACAACAUGGUUGCAAUUUCGCUGAGAUAUAGAUUUAAAAAAAAAUUACUCACUGUUUUCAAUUAGGAAUCAACCAAAAUUUGGUAAAUAAAUUUUAACCUAAAAAAUUUGACAUUCAAAACUACAAUCUUGACAUAAAAAUUUUAUUGAAAUUUAUUUUACAAAUUUCGUUUAACUCCUAAUUCAUAUCAACUAAAUAGUUUUUUUGAAAAUCUGUCGCAGCAAAAUUGUAAUUGCGUAGCCCUUUUUAAAUUAAUGUUUUAACUUUUCAUUAAUUAUUUUCAUUAAUUAUCAAAAUUUUAAUACGGUCAUUACAAUGUAAAGCCAUUGAAUAUUUUUGAAAAGCGGAGACACUGUCUGAAAAUGUCUUUAAAAGAAAAAAAAAAAAAAAUGAAUUAAAAAAAAAAUUUUAAAUUGAAUGAAAACUAUGGAAUAGAGGUUAAUAUUAAAUUACCAGUUUGUUAAUACAUUUAAAAGUGAAUAAAAAAAUUAAAAAAAAAAAAAAUUAAAUUAUAAAUUUUUAAUAUUAAAAUAUAAAUAUUCAAUAUUCUAGUCGCUUUUUUUUGUCUUAUUUUUCUCUUUGCAUUUAAACAUGAAUAUUUUUUUUCUCUUUGUACAUCUGAAUAAUCAAUACUUUAAUGUACAGACAAAACUGGUACGAAAGAUAAAAUUCCUCAAUUUUUAUUGCUCAUUUAUUAACAAACUCCUGCUUAUAAAAAUUAAUAAAUCGGGAAUCUUCUUAAUUAAUUAUAACUAAACAAAUAAUUAAUAAUAAUAAAUAAUAAUAAUAAUCGGCAACUUACGCGUCACAAUUAUCUAGUGAUUUAUACACUUGCGAUAAACUAGGAUUUAUAAAAAAAAAUAAUAAUAAUAAAACAAAAAGUCUUGCCGCUUAAUUGCUCAAUUAAUUAUUUCUUUUAUUAAUUAAUAAAUAAAUAAUUAAAAAAAUAUUUGUACUUAUAAAUAACAAUUUUAAAACGUUUUAAAAAGUACAAUUGACGUCUUUGUCGUUAUUUUAAUACGCGCUGUGUUUUUUUUCUAAUCGUUUUUUUUUACACUACGAUUAAUAAUUAAUAACAAUAAUAAGUAAUUAAAUAAUUAAUUAAUUAUAACAAACAAUAAUUUAAAUAACCAAUAAAUUAUUGUCUAUGUUAUAAAUUUAUAAUUCGUGUUAUCGUGCUAAAUAACACGUUAUUAUGUGCGUUUAUUUUUAAAUAAUUAAUAUUUGUAAAUAUUUUAAAUAAUUAUUAUGAUUAUUAUUUUUUUUAAUUUGAAUGUAAAGAAAUAAAAUAACAGCAUGAGUUUUUGGAGCUUGUGUAUUUUUCUAUAAAACAAACAAUUAAAAAAAAAAAAAACUAAAUGCCAUAACGGUUAUUAAUAAUAUUUUAAAUUAAUUAAAUUUUUUUAACACAACAUUAUAGAUAUAGCAAUGUAUGUAUAUAUUUAUAUAUAUUACUAAUAACCAUUAAUUAAUCAAUUUAAAAAAAGAACAAAGCCUUCAAUUGUAUAUUUUUUAAAUGGUGAAGCAAAUAAUUAAUAAUAACCCGUGUAAAAAAAAGUCGUUUCAAAAAUGUUUCAAAAAAGUUCAUAAACGGGAACUUUUGAAAUUUAAACAAUUCUGAACUUUAAGUUUAACAUUUUUGGAACUUUUAAAAAAUUAGAAAGUAAACAAUGUUUAACCGGUGAUGGCUUUGCCUAUGUUUUUUUGUUUUGAACAAAAAUAGUUUGAUUUGAUAAUUUUUUGAGUUUGAAAAAUAUUUAAAAGAAAGUAAUUUAUUAGGAAGUAUAAAGAUUUACGACUCGUGUCAGAAUUGUUCACGUAUGAGACAAAAAAAAUAAAAAGCUUAACAAUAUUUUGAACAUUUUUUUACUUUUAUUAGAACUUUUUGGCAAAGUCAGUUUUUUUGACUUUUGUUAAAAAAUAGUCCAAAAAAUUAGUAAUUGGAACUAAUUAUGAAAUAAUAAAAUAAUCAAUUUAAAUCAGUUUUGCUAAAAAAUUUAAGAAAAAACCCCGCCAAAAAAGUUUACACUAGUUGAAAUUUGUUGUACUUAUAUUUAUCUUAAAGUUCCAAAAAUAUUAAAGCUCCAAAUUGUCUCAAUUUUGAAAGUUCAUUGUCAGGAAAAUUUUUAGAACGUAUUUUUUUUACGCGGGAAUUUAAAAAAAAAACGGGAUUUAUUAAAUUAACACCAAGUACUUUGAGUGUUAUUUUUAUUAUUAUUAUUAUUAAUAAUAGCGUUGCCGGAUAAAUUUGAAUAUUAAAAUAUAUUUAAAUAGUAAGAGGAAUGUUAUACAAAAAUAAUAAUUAAAAUACGUUACUAUUUUUUUAUACAUAUAAGACACGUAAUGUGAGUACUGAACAUUAAUGAAUGAAUGAAUGAAAAAAAAAAAAAAAAAGAAGUAAAAUAAUAAUAAUAAUAAAAUUAUUAAUAAAACAGACUACUUAAAGUAUAAUUAACAUAUUUAAUUUAUAAAGCAUAAUUAACUAAUUAGAAGUAAUUAGGGAAUAAAGUUAAUUGAGUUUUAAAGAAAUAAUUAAUAAUGAAUGACUAAAAAAAAAGAAAGAAAGAAAACAAUAUUAGAAAAAAAAAGUCCGUCCGCAGGUGGUUAUAGGUCAGUACCAGACUAUACUGUGCUGCUAUUACUUAUUAUAAACUUUUUAAACAAAACAUCUAUAUAAAUAAUAAACGAUUUAAUGUAAAAUAUAAAUGAACAUAAUCGAGUGCUAGUACGAAAUUUUGGACUAGUUAUUUUUAAUUAUUUUAUAUUAUUACUAUGCUGUAGCAUGACGCUCAUCUUUCUAUAUUAUUUUUAUUAGAUUUUGUUGUUUAUCGAGACUGAACUAAUAUAAGAAUUUCGAAUUAUAGUAUAAAUAAUUAUAUAAUUUAAAAUAAUUAAUAAUUACUAUUGUUAUAAAUAUAAUAACGUUUUGUCGUUUAUAUUUAAAAUAAUAAAUACUGGUCCGAAAUAUCGUUCUCAGAGCUCUCGUUCUUAAUGAAAAAUAAAAAAAUAAAAAAAAAUAUAUAAAAAAAGUGAAGUAAAAAAAAAUAUAUAUAAUAAUUUUUUCUUAAUUUUUUUUCUUUAAUUAUGAGAUUAAACUCGACUUAUACUCGACGUCGAAGGUACGCUUACGUUCCAAGAUUUAUCGUAAUCUGGAAAGUCAUUUUAUAAAUAAUAAUUAUUAUUACUAUUAUUAUUAUUAUUACUAUUAUUACUUUAUUAUUAUUAUUACUAAUUAUUAUUUUAUUAUUAUUAUUAUUACUACUACUGCUACUAUUAUUAUUAUUAUUAUCAUUAUUAUUAUUAUUAUUAUUAUGAUUAUUAUUAUUAUUAUUAUGUUUUAAUUAAUUAAUAAAUAAAUAAAUGAA